ACUCCACAGACAUGUCGCACAAUAGCUGAAGUAAACCUGUCAUCGUGGCUCAUCAUUUGAGCCAGCAGAAAUUCACCGCAGGUUGGAUUUGAAACGCACAGCCUCUCUUCUGCAGCUUUCCUCGCAUCGGACCCUGCGUUUGAAAGCGCCUGGAUAUGAAUUAUGAGCAUUUUCUUCACUAAUGAACCGGGCCAGUAAUGCAGGAGACCGCGGCGACCCUCUCAUCACUGUUUCAAGAUGGCAGAUUUUUAUUGAGUUUUGAACUGAAAUCUCGCUUCAUUUUCUGCCAUGAAUAACAGAAAUCCUUGCACCGAUGGCCCCUGUAUACGAAGGUAUGGCCUCGCAUGUGCAAGUCUUCUCCCCUCACACUCUCCAGUCAAGUGCCUUCUUUAGCGUAAAGAAACUGAAGGUGGAGCCAAGUUGUAACUGGGAUAUGACCGGGUACGGCACGCACAAUAAAGUCUACAGCCACAACAACAGCAAGAACGUGUCGGCCACCAGUGGCGCCCUAGGCAUCAACAGCUCCCUGCAGGUCGCCAGCUCCACCCUGCCCUACGAGCAGGCUCUCAUCUUCCCAGCCAGCGCGGGCCACAUCGUGGUUGCCUCAGCAAGCAGCACUUCGGGGGCCAUUGGGUCUCUGCUGGGCAGUGGUGGUGGAGGCAACAGCAGCAGUAACAGCAGUGGUGGUGGAGGUGGCGGGGGUGGAAACGGUGUGGGCGGCGGGGUCGGUGUUCACAACCUGACACGCCGCAGCACUGUGAGUCUCCUUGACACUUACCAGCGAUGCGGUCUUAAACGCAAGAGUGAGGAGCUUGACAACAACAGCAGCGUGCAGAUCAUUGAGGAGCACGGCCCACCGAUGAUCCAGAACGGAGGAGCCAGUGGAGCCACCGUGGCUACAGUAGCCACCGCUACCUCCACGGCAACAUCCAAAAACAGUGGCUCCAACAAUGAGGGAGACUACCAGCUGGUGCAGCAUGAGGUCCUCUGCUCUAUGACCAACACCUACGAAGUCUUGGAGUUUUUGGGGAGAGGAACCUUUGGACAGGUGGUUAAGUGCUGGAAGAGGGGCACGAACGAAAUAGUGGCCAUCAAGAUCUUAAAAAACCACCCUUCGUAUGCACGGCAGGGCCAAAUCGAGGUCAGCAUCCUGGCACGACUCAGCACAGAGAGCGCAGACGACUACAAUUUUGUGAGGGCCUACGAGUGCUUCCAGCACAAGAACCACACGUGCCUGGUAUUUGAGAUGUUGGAACAGAACCUAUAUGACUUCCUCAAACAGAACAAGUUCAGCCCUCUCCCACUCAAGUACAUCAGACCCGUGCUUCAGCAGGUAGCCACAGCGCUGAUGAAACUGAAGAGCCUAGGGCUGAUCCAUGCGGACCUGAAGCCAGAGAACAUCAUGCUUGUGGACCCAUCUCGACAGCCCUACAGGGUUAAGGUCAUUGACUUUGGUUCAGCCAGCCAUGUGUCCAAAGCGGUCUGCUCCACUUACCUACAGUCCAGAUACUACCGGGCUCCAGAGAUCAUCCUCGGACUCCCGUUCUGUGAGGCCAUAGAUAUGUGGUCGCUUGGUUGUGUAAUAGCUGAGCUUUUCCUGGGAUGGCCCCUCUACCCUGGAGCUUCAGAGUACGAUCAGAUCCGGUACAUCUCGCAGACACAGGGUCUGCCUGCAGAGUAUUUGUUGAGCGCAGGGACAAAGACCACCAGGUUCUUCAACAGAGAUCCUGACUCUACCUAUCCUCUCUGGAGACUCAAGACUCCAGAGGACCACGAGGGUGAAACAGGGAUCAAGUCGAAGGAGGCUCGCAAGUACAUCUUCAACUGCUUGGAUGAUAUGGCGCAGGUGAACAUGACGUCAGAUCUGGAGGGGAGCGACAUGCUGGCAGAGAAGGCUGACAGGAGGGAGUUCAUCGACUUAUUAACCAAGAUGCUGACCAUUGACGCAGAUAAGAGGAUCACCCCCAUCGAAACGCUCAACCAUCCCUUUGUUACCAUGUCACAUCUCCUCGAUUUCCCACACAGCACUCAUGUGAAGUCAUGCUUCCAAAACAUGGAGAUCUGCAAGCGUCGCAUCAACAUGUAUGACACAGUCAACCAGAGCAAGACGCCCUUCAUCACCCAUGUGGCCCCCACCACCUCCACCAACCUCACCAUGACCUUCAACAACCAGCUGAACACUGUGCACAGCCAGGCCACCAACCUGGCUCCCUCCUCCACCAACAAUGCCACCCUUUCCUUUGCAAGUCCUGAUGUCUCCAUACUUAACUACCAAUCUGCACUCUACCAGCCCUCCGCUGCAUCCAUGGCAGCUGUGGCCCAGAGGAGCAUGCCCUUGCAGCCUGGGGCUCCUCAGCUCUGUGCUGCCCGGCCAGACCCCUUCCAGCAGGCGCUCAUAGUCUGCCCACCAGGUUUUCAAGGGCUGCAGGCAUCCCCUUCCAAGCACACCAGUUACUCUGUGCGGAUGGAAAAUGCUGUUCCCAUAGUGACGCAAGCCCCUGGUGCCCAGCCUCUGCAGAUUCAACCUGGUCUCCUUACACAGCAGGCCUGGCCCAGCGGCACCCAGCAGAUCCUGCUGCCCCCAGCAUGGCAGCAGCUCACUCACACCUCAGUCCAGCAUGCCACUGUCAUCCCCGACUCCAUGAGCAGCACACAAACUCUCGCCAACUGGAGGAAUUCCCACACUCAUGGCAGCCAUUAUAAUCCCAUCAUGCAGCAGCCGGCGUUGUUGGCUGGCCACGUUACGCUCCCAUCCAACCAGACACUCAAUGUGGGUGUUGCACAUGUUAUGAGGCAGCCUUCAACCAAUAACAACUCCUCUUCCAAAAAGAACAAACAGCACCAGAUGUCUACCAGGAACGUGUCAGCGUAUGAGGUGUCGUCCUCCCAAGUGGUGCUGUCUCCGCAGCGCUCCAAGCGGGUGAAGGAGAACACGCCCCCACGUUGCGCCGUUCUACAAAAUGGCUCGACCUCCAACUGCCCACCCACGCAAGCAUGUGGGGGCGGAGGAUGGGGGGCUAAUGAAGCAGAGCAAGCCUCCAGCACCACGCGUGACCAUCAGCACCAGCACCACGUCCCCAGACAGACCAUCAUCAUCCCUGAUACGCCCAGCCCCGCAGUCAGCAUCAUCACCAUCAGCAGUGACACAGAUGAGGAAGAUGACCAGAAACAAAACAACGGCUCAUCUUCUAAGCAGAGAAAGAAUGUUAUUAGUUGUGUGACGGUCCAUGAUUCGCCGGAGUCAGACUGCUCGAGCAACAACAGUCCUUACACUUUGGAGUCAAGACCACCCAACAACAACAGCUACGACACAAAGACCACCAUCCUGGACAACUACAACAACGGAAACCCCCGCACCAUCAUCAUCCCCCCUCUCAAAACGCAGAGCAGUGAAGUCACGAAUGAAUGUGAGCGCCUGAUGCCAGAUGGGAUGAACCAUCAGAAUUCAGCUUACAAGUUCAAAUCCUCCAACGGAGUUACAUCUGGCAAUAAUCACAUACCAGGGGGCAUAACUGGAGGCGGGUCCUAUCGACAGCAGCGCUCAGGGCCACACCCACUUCAGCAGCAGCCCCUCAAUCUCAGCCAGGCCCAGCAGCACAUGGUAGCCGAGCGAAAUGGAGGACAUCGGCGCCAGCAAGCCUACAUCACCCCCAACAUCGCUGCUCAAGCUCCAUACUCCUUCCAUCACAACAGCCCCUCUCACACUGGCAACGUUCACCCACAUCUGGCUGCCACACACCUGCCCAGCCAGCCCCACCUGUACACCUACACUGCCCCAGCUGCUCUGGGCUCCACCAGCACCGUGGCCCACCUGGUGGCGUCACAGGGCUCAGCGCGCCACGCAGUCCAGCACGGGAGCUACCCACCAAGCAUCGUCCACCAAGUUCCUGUCAGUAUGGGCCACCGCAUGCUGCCCUCGCCCACCCUGCACCACAGUCAGUACCAGGCUCAGUUUGCCCACCAGGCCUACAUCAGCGCCUCACCCGCCUCCACGGUCUACACUGGAUACCCGCUGAGCCCCACAAAGGUCAACCAGUAUCCUUACCUCUAGAGAAGACACUGACUGACACUGGAGAGCCUGACCUGGCGCUGCUGCUUCCUUCAUCCCUCCCUGAGCACCCAUCAUCAUCCCAAACAUCCUCUCCUCAGCCUCAGACAUAAACAGAGACAGAGGAACAUGCAAUCCUCAUGAAACUGUCACAUAUAACUUGAAGAAAUAACGACAGAGAGAGAAAAAGAAAAAUACGAUUCACAGCCUCUUGAGAAGGGAAAGGUGGCCGCUGAAUUUUAGAGGGGUACAGUUCAAGUUCUCUUUUAAUUUGUUUCCUCUUGAAAGGGCCAGUUAUUACUUUUGUUUGCCUACUCUUUGCUUUACUUUAAGACAAAAAUGAUGUCUCAUUAGUUUUACAGGGAAGUCCAAAGCCGGACUUUUGGGACAGUGGAGGUUUUCUGAUUUAUUUUCUUUAAUUUCCCCUCAAAUAUUUGGGAAGUGACUGUUGAACAGGGGUUACUGACUGGAAGUUUGGAAUCCCAAGAGAUUUGGGACAAGGUGAAAUACGAAAACCUGCUGCUCUUCAAAGAAAAAAAUAUUGAUGGCCUUUGAACUGUCUUAGUAUUUCCAAAUCAUUCAUGGCGUGGGAAGAAAAGAGAAGCGACUCCACCCACUCCACCCUUCUCCAGCAGAGGAGGCUUCUGGAAAUAUAACCAACAGAAGACAACAAAGUUUUUAGUGUAUUUAUAGAUAUUGCUCCUUUAUUUUUCACCUUUCUGAUACUUCAGUUUUAGGUAGGUGUCUUAGCUGGGCCCCGUUCUUAGAAUGUAGCAGUCUGCACCUGUUUUUGUUUCAUCUUUCUUGCCCUGAUACCAAUAGAUUUUUUUCCCUAUUUUUUUUUAUUGUGAUUGCACAAAGUGGUUAUAAUAACAUAGGCAUGUACAACGUGAUUGUCUGUGUGUGCUACUGUCAGCCAUGCGUGUGUAGUCCAUCCCUUAGAAUCCUCUUUAGUCUUUAGGUUUUGACCAUUGUUCCCUCGUAGUGCCUUACAGAUUAAACAACACAGUUUACUUGGCUUGGAUCCUGAAAGCCACAAGAGACUAUAGCUAUAGUUAGAGAGACAUGUUCCCCCUGGUUUGACAUCCUAAUCAGGGCAGUUGUAGCUUUCUUCCAGGUGUAGGCUCAGCCCUUGCUGUUUCUUGCCCAUAAUGACAGCAUACCGUAGAUGAUGAAGAUUAAUGUCAGAGCAGAUUUCACACUGAGCUAUUUUAUUAUGUGUGCAUGAGAUAACAUGCCCAGGGUACUUACCAAAGUCACAGAUAAAUUCUUGUUACAUUUGCUCUGGAAAUUCUUGUAAAUAUAAACAUUUUACUGUUUAGCUGUAGCUGUAGACCCACCCAAAACGUGGCUUUAGUUUGGAUGAUAUUUGUUCCUGUAAAUCACAGAGUGAGACAUGUGUCAUGAUUAGAGAGCAAAGAUGUUAGCUCAGUUGUCGUGUACAAGGUAUGAGUUACAGUAUAAUGUUUGAGACACAACAGAGGGUUUUUUUUAAGGUUAAGAGCUAGUCCGAGAGAAGGGCCUGACAGAAAGUGAUAGUUGCCAUGAGGGUGAUUCUGUGAGGCCAGAGAUAGCCUGGCUGCAGCGAAGAGACCGAGCAUCGAGGGGUGUUUGAGAGAGAUACCGUGUAGGCGUGAGUUAAGGGGGCUGGUUGAAAGCGUAGGGUCAGCUUAGGAAGGAAAACUCUUUAUUUAAUGGGACUAUAAUAGUGGCAAGUUGGCAAUGAGCAGGUUGAUAGUAACACUGAGCCCAGGUGGUUGGUUGAAGCCCGAUGAGUGCUCCCUCACCUGAAUGCACACAAUGCUUUGCAUUUCUCCAUCAAAGACAUUAAGAAUUUUAUUUAUCAAGCUGCAGGAAGAGAACAGAAGGGAAGUGAUACAGCAUACACCUGGAAGGGCACCUUGUGGGUGGUUAGUUGAACACUGUCCAUUUGUCUUCGAACCAGGUACACCACAGACAUCACCACGCCAGCCAGACUGGAAACGCAAACACUUCGAGAACCAAUAGGGCUGUCGCUUUGUGUGUUUGCUGCCUAAUUGAACAGGUUUAAUUUUCUUGUAGCCAGUAAUGAAAAUAAUCUCCCCCCUGUUCAUUUGUCCUGUUGAGCAUGGGCACAUCAGAGCUACUGGUGGUUUAGUGAAAGCCUUCCCCCUCUCCUGCAUCGUAUGCCAUAGUAUUGCAUUUGAAGUUUUUUUUUUCUUUUUAACUUAACAUUAUCUUGAACUUUUUGACGUGGCUGUAGUACAUGUUGUGUUUAUUUUUAGAGAUUGUUGCAAUAAUUCUUUUGGAUAAGUGUGAGUGUGUUUUUAUUAUAUGUCAGGCUCAUUUCUCUUUUGUAACCUGGGGGGUUGAUGAUGUACAGUAAUAUUUAGUAUUCUAUGGAGGUGGUGUGCACCUGUGUAAAGUGUUGCAGCACUGCUAAGGAUAGAAAGUGGAGAGUUGAUGAUCAUCCACCGGAGCCUAUAUAGAAUUUUACUUGGCUUGAGGGUGCACCACCCAGGUUUGCAAUUCAACAGUCUCUUAAUAAGCCCCUGGAGUUGUCUUUCAUCCUGGUACUUUCUUUACAAACUCUCUGCUCCCCAUCAGCUCCAGCAUGCAAGCCUUGGGUCCAGGCACUUGAAGAUGUGAUUACAUAAUAUGUUGCUGGUUACAUCAUUUGUCUAUGUUCUGUUGUUGUCUUUUUUUCUGUUUUAUCUACUUCAUUUCCUCUGGGUCAUCGUCGAGGCCUAAGCACACACGCAUAAGGGAGAUGAUUUUCCAUUGGAUUUUUUGGGGGGCUCCUUUGUUAUGACACAAACUACUGAAACAUUCCACUAUUUUGAGGGAAUUUAGCAUAACCCAUGCUACACUGCUGUCCUAUCUCCCCUCCCCCUGCCCUCCGCUCCUGUCAGCACGGGGAUUGUGCUGUCACUCAGACUUUCUUGCUCGUCCCACCAAAGAAUUUAACAGGUUGACCAUGUACAGCACAGCACAGAACAAGCAAUCCUCCACAGCAUUGCCAGAUAGACAGGCAAUAACUUCUGGUCUCAUCUUUCAAUGCUUAACAAGUGCUUUUGAGGACGUGUUGUUUUACCACCAUGAAAUGCAUGUAUGAAUAGAACAUACAAAUGCACAGUGAGGAUUUAACAUACUUCAUGUUAACAGCACAGCCAUUUCUUUGUGGACGUUCAGCUAUGAGAAGAGCUGCAAUUUGUUUUUCAAUCUUUUUCUGUUUUACUUUCAUUUUUCCCACUCUUAGGCCCUCGUUUUGACUGAAUCAGUGAGGAAUAAUUAUUAAACUUUUCUCCAAAUUCUUUUAUAAGGCAGUUUGUUAGUUUGUUUUUUUUCUUCACUGUUGAUGUUGUAGCUUUAUUAGUGUUGUGAGAAAAUGAAUUUGUACACAUAAAAAGGUUGUGUCACUUCAGUAGUGUGCCAUGGAAUAAAAAUGACCUGAAGUAAUCAAAACGUACCAACUAUACCUUUAAAACUACGGUCAUCUGCACAAAAUGAAUGUAAAACCCGACCACAUCCGAAAUGGUUUUAGAUCUCUCUCAGUGACCAUUUUGUUCAUUUUCUCACCAUUUUGUGGCCAUGCAUGAUGCAAUAAUUAUACGUGAUCUCCAGUAAAAUCUCAUAUGAGGCCGAUGGUGUAAAAUGACCACCAGCCUCAAGAUUUGGGGAUGUCCAAUGAUCAUUAUUUUCUCAAAAAUUAAACAUCCAGUUAUGCGAAACCCUGUAUUUUGCAACAUUGUGGAAAAUAACUUGAUGUGUAUGAUACCUUUGUCUAUGUUUUUGUUUCACAUAACCAAUGUUUAGUGUUUUUUUUUUAAAAAGGGGAAUCAGAAAUGUGAGCAUUAAUGUAGAUCGAGUGACCUUACAAUUACCAAAAUGUGCUUAAGUAGCGUGUAAAAGUGUUCUGUGUUGCUAAGGUGAGCAUAGCCUUCCCAGCUAGCAACUUUAUUCUUAAAUACUGCCUUCCAAAUAACCAACAAUACCUCCAAAGCUUUAAGGGGACAUUUAAAUUAGAGAAAAUGAAAUAAGGCAGUGAAUCCAUCUCUCUAUAUGAAGCCUGUCAUUCUCCUUUGAAUCGCACUCAAACUUCUAAUAGUUCUCAUUGUGUCAUGAUGUAAACUGCUCAUCCUGGAGCUUUGGAAACACUGAGAAACAUUCCUGAGAGCGUGGCACACAGUGCUGAAUUAGUUAUCUUCAAGCAAACUCCUGUAAGGUGACUUGUAGGUUAGCAAGUGAACCAACAACCUGCAACAUUUAAACCACACACGUGUGGCAUGAAUCGCUUUUGCAAAGCCGCAGCUGCUUCCCAAAGUUCAGCGGAGUUUCAGACAGGUGUGAGGUGGAUAAAUGGUGCGCUGAUGUACUCUCAGUCACCUGGAAUUUCAUCAUUUACAAGCAUUCUUAAAGCCCUUUUGGAUGAGAAUUUUGUUUAAUUUUUCUCUUUUUUUAAAAAAACCUUUGUUAAGGGGAUCUGCUCCUUUUUGCUGGCUAUUCCUCGGGGGAAUUCAGGGUGGGGUGGUCACGGUUUGAUGCCAUCAGUGCUAGCAAGUGUCAUUUUAUUCACCAUGUACAAAUUUAAGAACCAAACCUGAUUCAAAUAAGAUUUCCUGCCAUCUUCAGUUUUUGUUCUGCUGUAUAAAACGAAGCUAGGAAACAAACUGAUUUGUGCUAAUUUCUCUAGUUUGCUAUGUUGUUGGUAAUAUUGGUCCUAAUUUCAUUACUUUAAAAUCUGCUUUCUUGUUUCAGAUUAUUGAUAUUUCAACAAAUGAGCUAUUUUUGUGGCGGUAAUAAAUGUAAUCUGGGUGCAGUAGACCAAACUGCAUCCAAAUAUAGAAUGUUUUGUUUUCACCGCAAAAAUUUUCAUCUCUAAAAGUCGCAGACCCAUUUGGAGUCCCCAGAAAAUACUUCUAAAUAGGUAAUUAGCUAUUGAUAAUUCAAUUUAACAUUUUCUAAGGACCUAAGAGUGCAUCAAACCCUGACCCCCUUUUGUGUCCAUUGCUGUAUGGUUUCUCAAUGUUGUAAAAUCUCAUUCUUUGUCAAUGAAGCUAAUGUGUGCUGCAGUAUUUCCUAGUAUAUUUCUCUGUUAACUGUCUUUUCUUAAUUAUUAUUUUUUUUCUUGGGGUGUGAUGUUCCAUUAUUUCAAUCUGUUGAUGUAGCGUUCUAUGUAUACCCUGUUCCUUAGCCCAAUAUUAUCAAGUAUGUUAUGAGAAUGGAUAUUUUACUGGCUUUAUAGAAUGUUUAAAUAAAUAUAAUAAUGACAAUAAGAAAAGGAUUAAUCAAACCUCCUAACAAGUUGAGUACUUGCUACUAAGCGCUUGUGUUUCCAUUAUGAUGUUGUGUGCUUCUCUUUAAUAAUUUUCGUUGUAGAAAAAUGGAGUGAAUUUUUAUUAGGCUUAAAAAAAUCAACUAAUGAUACCGGUGUAAAUUUUACAGGAAGGUUUUAACAGACAAACAGCUUCAUCAUAUAGAAGAGUAUAGUUAUUUUAAUUGUCCUCUUUACUAACUGUAGGGUGAGAAGGGGCUCGCGUUGUGGUGAACUAUGUUAUAGCUUGUUAUUCACUGUUACUUUUGAUCAUUUUUUCGGUCUCCGAGGUGAAUCGAGUUAUUAAUGAGAAUUUGUAUGCUCACAUAUGCAUAUUGUAUAUGUGUAGAAAUGUAAUCACACUUUGUCUUGGAUUUACAUUAAACUGUUAAGUCACGG